AUUUUCCCGUCUUAUACUCUCGCUACAACUAAAGCUAAAACAAUGGCAGCUACUCCUCAGUAACAAAAGGCAAAGCAAUGGCCUUCACUACCACAAGAUUGGCGGAAAUGCCCCGCAGGGCUCCACUCCCUUUCUCCUCCUACUCCUACCCUUCUUCCCUCAACCUUUUGUUCUCACUCCCAAAACCUUCAUUUCACUUCUUCAGCUCUUUACCCUGUCUCCGGUCCGGAAUCAACCCGAGCUCCAUUUCGAACCGCUAUUCUUACCCGUGGCACCACAGCCUAUCCUCUGUGCCUCUUAACACCGGUGGCGCCAAAUUUUCCCUCCAGGCCUUGUCUUCCCGUUCUGAAAAAAUCAUCCAAGCGGACUGUAACGGUGAAGGGGGCGCCGAAACUCGGUAUUUAGAUAAAGAUAAAGGUCAAAGCGCUAUAGACAGGAUUGUUCUCAGGCUGCGAAACCUUGGGUUAGGAUCAGAUGACGAAGAUGAAGAAGACGAUGAUGAGACCGGCGAUUACGAUUCAACGCCGGUGACUGGAGAAGAGAGAUUAGGCGAUUUAUUGAAGAGAGAGUGGGUUCGACCUGACACGAGGCUGAUAGAGAGAGAGAAGGAGGAAGAUUUACUGCCCUGGGAGCGGGAGGAGGCGGAGUCGGCGGCGGCGGUGGUGGUGAAGGAGGGAGAUUUGAAAAAGAGGAGACUCAGGGCGCCGACAUUGGCUGAGCUGACAAUUGAGGAUGAGGAGCUUAGGAGGUUGAGGAGGAUGGGGAUGUAUUUAAGGGAAAGGAUCAAUGUGCCGAAGGCGGGGAUUACGAAGGCUGUUUUGGACAAAAUUCAUGAUAAAUGGAGGAAGGAUGAGUUAGUUAGGCUUAAGUUUCAUGAGUUUCUCGCCAUCGAUAUGAAAACUGCUCAUGAGAUUGUUGAGCGUCGUACAGGAGGCUUAGUUAUAUGGAGAUCUGGAAGUGUUAUGGUGGUCUAUCGUGGGAGUAACUAUGAAGGUCCUUCUAAAUCCCAAUCGAAUGAUCGAGAAGGAGAAGCUCUUUUUAUUCCGGAUGUUUCUUCCUCCAGCGAAAAGGAAAGUGAAAUGGGCUCAACUCUAACCCCAGAAGAGUCUGAUAAAGUUGUGUUGAAGGCAGAACGUAGUGAAAGCAUGACUGAAGAGGAAGUUGAGUAUAACAGCUUACUAGAUGGUCUUGGUCCUCGGUUUGUUGAGUGGUGGGGUACUGGAGUUCUUCCGGUUGAUGCUGAUUUACUUUCUCAAAAGAUACCUGGUUAUAAAACACCUUUCAGGCUUCUUCCUGCUGGAAUGAGACCACGGCUUACAAAUGCAGAGAUGACAAAUUUACGGAAAAUUGCUAAAUCACUUCCUUGUCACUUUGCCCUGGGGAGGAAUAGAAACCACCAGGGAUUGGCAGCUGCAAUAAUUAAGCUUUGGGAGAAAAGCCUUGUUGCAAAGAUUGCUGUAAAACGAGGUAUUCAAAAUACAAAUAACAAGCUUAUGGCUGAGGAGCUAAAGAACUUAACUGGAGGUGUCUUGUUGCUUAGAAACAAGUAUUUUAUUGUCAUAUACCGAGGAAAAGAUUUCCUUCCACCAAGUGUUGCUGCUGCUCUGGCAGAAAGACAAGAUUUGACAAAACAGAUUCAAGAUGCUGAGGAGAAAUUGCGGGUCAGAGCAGUUGAGCCAUCUCAAUCAGGUGAAGAUAAAGGACAGGCACCUGCAGGUACUUUGGCUGAGUUUUAUGAAGCUCAAGCUCGCUGGGGAAGAGAUAUAUCUGCUGAAGAACGUGAAAAGAUGAUUGAAGAAGCAUCAAAAGCUAAGCAUGCUAGACUUGUAAAACGUGUGGAACAUAAAUUGGCUGUUGCCCAAGCCAAAAAGCUUAGAGCAGAGAGACUAUUAUCUAAAAUAGAAGCCUCGAUGAUCCCUGCUGCUCCUGAUUAUGACCAAGAAACAAUCACCGAUGAGGAAAGGGCUAUGUUUCGCAGAGUUGGUUUAAGAAUGAAACCAUACUUGCCUCUUGGUAUCCGUGGUGUUUUUGAUGGUGUAAUUGAAAAUAUGCAUCUGCAUUGGAAGCACCGAGAACUUGUAAAGCUAAUAUCCAAACAAAAGAACCUUGCAUUUGUCGAAGAUACAGCAAGGUUAUUGGAGUAUGAAAGUGGUGGGAUACUGGUGGCAAUAGAAAGGGUCCCCAAAGGAUAUUCUCUCAUCUACUAUCGUGGAAAAAAUUACCGCAGGCCCAUUAGCAUAAGGCCAAGAAACCUUCUAACGAAGGCAAAGGCAUUGAAGCGCUCAGUUGCAAUGCAACGCCAUGAGGCUCUGAGUCAGCAUAUCUCUGAACUGGAGAAAACCAUAGAGCAAAUGAAAAAGGAAAUUGGUGCUGAAGAUGUUGAGGGCGAUAACAACAGAGGGUCAGGUGAACAUGGCCGGUUUGAUCCUGUCUCAGAACUCUACCAAAUUGAGUAUGAGGCUUCAGAUAUAGCAUCCGACAAUGAUGACGAAUACAAAAAUGAGCUUGAUGACUAUGAAGAUGAUAGCGAGUUUGUUGACGAUGAAGAUGACGCCACCAACGACUGGGAAGAUGCAGAUGAUGAAGAUGAAACCGAUAACGACUGGGAAGAUGAUGAAUCUUUAGAAUCGAACCUUAAAGAACCCGAUUCACACAGAUAUCGUCGAUCAAGUUUCUGAAAAUUUUGAACCGAGUAGACAGUUUUCUUCUUGUUCACACAUAGUCCAUCAACCAGUCUUUCAUUUUCCCGAUAAUGUCGGGCUGGAAUGAGUAACCAUACAUGAUGGCUGAUGUCUCUUUCUAUUUUGGAUUGAAUUGUUAAAAUUGAGGCGGAAGCGCUUACAUGCAUCAGCUGCCAUUGAACUGGCUUGUACAAUCUGUAGCAAUUUGUUCAGUUUUAACACCUGAAGGUUUGGUAUUGUAUACCAUUUCUCAUUUAGGGCUGGGGUUAAUUCAAAAAUAAAGUAAG